AUGUUCAACGUGGACGCGAGGAAAUAUCAACUUAGCAAGUCUGCCAGCAGGUUGGAUCAUUUCAUAAGCCAUGAUUGGGCUUCCAGCCGGUGGUUGAAGCUGAUGUCCUUGCUCGUCCUUCACAACUCUGGGCCUGCAUUCUGUACUUCUUUGGCCACAAGCCUUCUGGUGGGCAUCCUGGUUGCUUGCGAGCUGCUGCCCCACAGCUUGUGGACUCCGCUGUUUGGACAUUUCAGCUUCUUUUUUGUGCUGUGCUUCUGGCAACGGAUUCGGGCUUUGUUUGGCCGUCCACUCAUGGUCUUCUUGGACGUUUUGUGCAUCGCGCAGCACGAUGAGAAGCUCAAGAAGAAGGGCAUCCUGGGCUUGGCUGCUUUCGUGGUGAACAGCAAGAGCCUGGUGGUUCUCUGGACUCCGCGGUAUUUUAGCCGUUUAUGGUGCGCAUUCGAGAUCGCCACUUUCAUGAAAGACCCGGAGCAAAGAGGACACAUCCAGUUCAUGCCGCUCAAGCUGGGAGCGUCAGUCAUCCUUGGAUCUAUCUUCUGGCACAUGCUGGGCUUCGGCUGUUCGGCUUUUUAUAUGGCCAGCCAGGCGCAUCUGAUUCAGGAUGUCCAUCCCGACCUUUUCACAAACAAGCUGUGCAUUGUUUAUGCUGGGAGUUAA